AUGAAUAAUGGAGAGGAUGGACUACAAGGGCAAGGAAUAACAGACAUCAUGGUCACCUACUGCAAGAGUUGGGCUAUGGAUUGUGAAGAGUCUUGCAACACCUGGUUUGUAUUGCAGAAUAUCUUAAUUGAUUAGAAAUGGUAUAUAUUUUUAAAUCUUAGUUUAAUAUCAUCUUACUCUUUCAAGAAUAAUAGCUGAAAUAAUAGCACGAUAAAAUGACAAUAAGAAUUAUUCAAAAUUUCUGGCCCUGCCCGGGAGGCCUGAAUGCGGGGUACAGCUGGCCUGGGGUUUUCCUCCUAGGAGCAAGUGGACGUACGGGGAGGUUUUUCACCCAGCUGUUGUUCCACAACCCCCAUUCACUUAACAGAUUCUUAAGCACAACAGUACCGGUUUAAUAUUUAUCACAAAAAUACACAACAAUCAUUUAAUUAACCAAUAUUGUUGUAUGACUGAAAAAAAAUCCAUAUAGAGAUGUCCGGCAGUGCACGUCUGUUAAAUGUUUUUAGAUUCACACCUUUUCACGUUAUCUAAGUCUUCUGGGUUCUUGGAAAUAUUUUUCAGGAAACAUUGGAAGCCUUCAGAAAUAUAUUUUAAGCAUUUUAAGGGGUUCUAGAAGAUAGUCUGAGAUUUCCAAAAAUUAAAUGUUUGGCUUUUCUCAGGGAAAAUUAAUUUUCACCAGUCUCUUAAUGAGGGCAGGUGAAAUGUUUGAAAGUCUGUUAUAUUAUUUUGUUUUUAUAUUCAUCUAGUUACUUUUUUCAGUCGUGCAACAAACUGAAAUAAUUUUUUACUAAUUCAUCAGUGCUAACUAAGAAUAAUGUGUGUGCCACCAUUGGACAAACAGAGGCCAUUGGGAAAUGAUAUUUAUCGGCAUAUAAAUUGAAGAGUUUUGUUCUUUAAUUUGCAAUUCUUUCCCAGGCACUUGUUUGUUGAACCAUUCUAUUACAUAUGUCUAAAGCUUCUACUACAAGAUUCCAUUGAGCAGUGUUUUUGUUAGCCAAAGAAAACAGACAACAGUUUUGCCGCUUUUCUCAGGUGUGGGAGUCAAACAUUCUUUAGGUAAAAGAAGGUUUAGGUCUUAUUUGAAGCACAGGUUUUGUUUCAUUAUUUUGACCAUUGAAUUAGUGUGACAACAUCAUUGUCUGUCCACUUUUAAGGUUGCUGCCUUCAGGUUACUAUGGUUACCUCCUUGUACCUUCCUUGAUAGCUAAAUUAAGGUUCCUACCACCAGUUAUCUAGGCACCAGUUCCCAAGUUGAUCUGUUAGUGAUAAAUUUACAGUGCGACUGGGAAAACUGUGAACAGUUGAAAUAUUUCAAGAAUGUUUAUAGUGUUACGACCAAUCACCGAAAAGAUUAGUGCAUGCAAGAAAGCCACAAAACCACAAACUAAUCAAUGUUCUUGCUUGCGGUUCACUUUUCUCAUGCCUGAUUAGCUUUUUUCUUGCACCACAAUAACAUUCGAGAAAUAUUUCUGGUGUUCACGGUUUUCCUGGUUUGACUGUGAUAGGUCAGGCAAUGGCUUGUGUUUAAUACACAAGGUUUAAUUUCUGAAAUAUCUUUUUUUCCCUGGAAAUCUCAUUCGGAGGGUCUGGGUCUUUGGGAGGGGGCAGGGUAUUCUCUUACAUAAGCUUUUUAACAAUUAUUCCUCGAGCCCAAGUGUGCUCUUAGUCAAUAGCCCAUGAGGCCGAAGGCUGAAUGGGCUAUUGACUCAGAGGCCAUGAGGGUGAGAGAGGAAUAAUUGUUUUAGUAAAAUCCAACUACUCGGUCAUAAAGAUCGAGACAAAACAACUAGCAAAAUGUGAUUCAGCCACCAUUGUUUUAGUUUUCAAAGCCGGCACUUUUUGGUAUCAGUUGGCUAUAACGCAUAGCCUAGUAGUAGCUCAAUCAAUCAGAACACAGCGUUGAUAAUAGAUCACUGGUUGGAUUUUACUAAAUAUGGACAGGAUUUGUUUCUGUAUGAGAUAGUAAGAUUUUGUGCUGUAUGGAACCAGGGCCUUGAAUAGGAUAUGUUAUUUUAUCAUUCAACUCUUAAGGACUGGAGUUCAGAUCUGAUAUAGGGUAGGAAAAAUCACAAAUUCUGGUCUGAAACAGAGCAAAGGAUUCCAGGAUACUUGCUGGACAAUCAUAGAUUUCAAUCUGUUCAUAGUCUACAAUAACUACCUUCCUUCGUCACAUUGAGGUUACCAUUUUUUCAAUGCAAAUUUCAAUUUUUUCAUAGAAUAUUGGUCAAUUUGAUUUAUUUCCAGCAAUUAAUAAAUUAUUAAAGAGUCUUGUUCAAAGCAUCUCAGUCAGUAUUCAUUUGAAUUAGAGUACCUGUACUUUAAUUGAAUUCAAUAUUGUAACUGAAAACUGGUAACCUGGUGUUUUUAACUGCUCUUUGGAAUCUUAUUUAACAUUACUGGGCAUGCAAGGUAGGAACAGAUGCUUUGGUCAUUAAUUUGAUUGCAUGUUUAGCAAUAAUCACUGAUAGUACCAGUAUAUGGAAAUCAACACGUUGCUGCCAAAAUUUUGCAGAAGUACUGGUAUCUACUGCUCUUCUUACAUCAAGAGCAACUUUUUUUAUUUUAAAAGACAAGCAAGUUGGGAAAAAUAUGAUUCAGAUUUGGGUUUUUCCACAGUUAGGUAGCUUGAUCUCGGUAGCUAUGUGUUGUUCCUGAUUUAUAAGCAAAGGAAGCAAUUAAAAACUGAACUGACAUAAAAAUUUGAUUAAAAUUAAUUAUGAGAUGAUUUUUGUGCUCUCUGGGGUAAAUGAUAUUGCUAGGGGAACUAAAUCUCAACAUUUGGUACCGAAAUUCAAAAGAAUAGUUAAUGUCACAGUUCUUGUAUUAUGAUGAGAUUUUGGCUUGCAAGUAACUUGGAAUGAAUUUAACGGGGAAUCAUUUUAAACUUUCAAUUUUUUUCCUUCAAAAUUGUAACAGGUAGGUGAGAGAAUGAUUGGUAAUAAGACUUCCUUUGCUUAUAAUAUAAUAAUAAUAUUAUUAUUUAUUUAAACAAAGAAACAACAAGCCCAUUAGCACACUUAAGACCUAGCUUUAACCAGGAAUCAACUGGAAUUAAUUAAAACCUUCAAUAGCAUAAAUCUCUCAUAGCUAGAGACAAAGUGUUUCUGUAUUGGCAUCUAAAAAGCAAUUUUUUAGAUCUCAAAUCGAAUUUUUUGGCAUAUUACAAAGCAUAAAUUCUUGUUGCUAACUAAAUGUUUACCAUCCAAAAGGUACCAAACAACAACAACAAAAAAAGUAGAAAAAUAAUUUUGCAAGUAAGGUUAACGUAUAGUGACACAAAGCGCUGGAUAUCAACUCAGUGUUGCUAUUCAGGUUAGGUUUAUCAAAUCACUGCCUUAGUAUCUUUACUGUUAAAGGUGAUCACUGGUCUGUUUAUAAAUCACAAACUUUCAUUUUACUUCAAUUCUAGAAACAAAAAUUAGGGCUGAUUCCACAACCUACACAAUUAGUGCUUACAUUGUUGUUUUUUUUUCCAUUGGAGAACACAAAGAGUGUUCAGAAUUAAGCUUUCAGCUAUCCUAGCAGCGUAUUCUAGACAGCAUAUUUAAGAGACUCCAGACCAUUGGUUACCAUCACAUUUUGUUUCAUUAUGUUAAGAUUAUUAUUUCAUAAUUAUGCACGUCUGUAUUUCUUGGUGCUAUAAAAGUUCCUGCUUAAAUUUCAGGUUCGCUUGUUUUCUUUUCUUUUUGUUUUUUUCACUCUAGGUUUUUGCUCUUUAGCAAGCUACCAUGUUGCUAUUUACAGAUAGUAAUGUGCCGCUAUAAAAUAACUAGAAAUAAAGUAGGGUUAUUGCUUUUUUCGGAAUUUUUUGUAACACCAAGUAAUUCAAGGCUAUUACGUUUUAAAGUGCUAAUGGGCUUGCAUUUUCUACUUAAAAUUUUAGCUUAUUAUUUAAUUUCAGAUCUCAGGUGGCACACACACAAGAUUAGGAGCCCAUCACUUGGGAAAGGUCAUGUUUAAUCUAGCCAACCUCGCCCCUGCUGGGCUGUGGAAGCUCUGUCUCUGAGAAGGUGUGUUUCUGAUGUCCUCUGAGAUAUUCCAACGGAGAAAUCCUGAGAAACUUUAUCUGAUUCUGUAAUUCUUGCUGGGGGCAGUUUGGCACUUGGAAGAUUUGGCCGUUUGUUCCCAAGUGGGGAGGACAACGUGAAGGAAGGUGAGAGUUUGCUUCUCAUGUUUUUAGGGUUUCAUUCAUUUUGUUAUGAUACCACACGUUUUUCCAAAUAAAAACACAAUUCGACCUAGGAAGGAGCUUGUCUGCAAACAAUAUGUCUGGGAAUGUUCAUCUGUCUUGGAUGUGAUUUACGGGGGUGCUAGCAUUGUGCUCCCCGGCUUAAGGAAAGGUGUGUGGAAGGAGGAUUCGUUGGCAAGAAUUGGGCACUAAAUUGCACUGGUUUGACUUACCUGAAUUUUCACAAAUUGCAUCAAAUUGAGCUGAUAGUCUCUAAGAAUCUCUCCAAUGAGGGUAACUGGUUAUGGAUUUCUCUUCUAAACCUAAAUCUCGCGUAGCAUAUAUAGGUAGCUUUCCAAAACAUCGCAAAAAAUAUAUGUUGCAUAAAAACCUCUUUUGUUCCUAAUUUUUUUUCUUUUUCCAAAAAAAUGCAAUAUACCCUUGUAGGUUUUUGAAUCACUAAACCACAUAACCAAAACAUCGCUCAUACAUAGGUCUGACUUCUUUUCUUUAACUUUUUCAAAAUCAUCAAAACUUAAGUUAGGCUGCGUCCACAUCUACUUUUUUGCCUGUUGUUUUUUGGCAACUAAAAACAACAAGUAAAAAAAACGUGGGUGUUGAUGUUCGUCGAAAAAAUUUCCUUUGAUAAAAAUCGAAAUUCUUAGGUGUUAAACCAUUAGGGAAAAACAUUAACGACUUUUCAAUAAGCGUGAUUAAUCAGACAGCCGUGGUAGUCUGCUCUAUUUUCUUCUUGUUAGGAGGCACAUAGAGUAGAUUUCUACGGAUUGUGUGAUAAAUCAGGCAAUUUAGCCUAAAUAUUUCAGUUUCGGAUCGUUUUAUAAACACAGCAUCUUAGACAUUGAUAGUCUUAACUCUUACUUUUGGAGAUUUUCUUGGUGGUGACUUCAAUUGAUAUUUUCAAAAUUGGGUUUCCGGUAUAGGACUAAAACCAAGUAUUUCAUAUAAUUGUAGUUUUAGUCUUUUAAAAUAUAUUUGGCCACCCCCAGUCCUAUAUCGGAAUUCCGAUUUGAAGUGUCCAUUUCAGUCACGACCAUUUGAUUUUAUGCAGCUGCUUCGGUGUCUCCACGCUUUUUAAAGAACUGUUGUCACGGUCGUCAUGCAAGGCUGUUGAAGUCGGCUGGCGUGACCAUCGUGACUAAAGCUAAAAAUCUCGAGGGAACUUUGGAUUGGGAUAAUUAAUUAUUAUGCAGGAAAACAUCACGGCAAGCUGCAUAAAUUAAGAUCUAACAUCGAAGCCAAUCUUUUCCAGGAGACAUUAACUUUAAAUUAGGUUUGCAAUUCUCUCAAGCUAAUUUUCCGUAAGAAAAAUUGAACCUUUUUUUCUAUAACUGACUGAUGUUAAAUAAGCGCAAUUUUAGAUCGUUAGGGAAGAUUUAUUGUAAAGUAAACAAAACUUCUAGAAGCGCAAUUUUUGCGGCACUGAAUCUUUGGGUAAUCAAAUAAUUAUGGAGGAAAACAUCACAGCAGGCUACAUUAAAUUCGAGAUUAAAUAAAGCCGAGGUUUACAAUUCUCUCGCGAUAAUUUUCCUAUGAAAAAAAUAACUUUUCGAAACCCGAAGUGGCGCGGAUUAUAAAUAACGGCAGCCUUUAAUCAUAAGAGCAGGUUAAUUUUUAAUUAAUCAAAACAUUUUGGAGCACAAUUUAUGCGGCACUGAACCAGUAACGCGUAAAUUUUGCUUCAAAAUGUUUUAAUUAAUUGCCUUCAGAAAUCUGGAAAGUUUAGAAUGACACUAAUAGGCUCCUGCACUAAUAACAUAAAAAUAAGGACACAACCAAAUUGCUUUUGAUUAAGGUAUAAACACUAAAUAAACAUUAAAUAGGGCAAAAGAAAUCCAGCAUCAGAAGCUCUCAGAGGAGGGAUUAUUAUUGACUUGUGCUCUUUGAUGAAGUUUGAGGAAUGAAGGUCCGGUCAGACUAAGCGGGAUUCAGUGUUUAAUUCUUGCCUUCGUUUGCCGACGGAAACGCACUUAGUACUGAGUUUCACUCUGGUAGGGCCCUUUUUUUUCUCAUCUACGGCUCUUGGAUAUUUACGAUAUGUUGAAUUUGUAGACACGCAACUUCAAUCAAAAUUUAACUUUUCAGCACAAAUUUUAUUGGCAACAAAAUUUUAAUUCUAAAUUAAUUGGUGUGGUAUUGUGACAAAGUUGAAUGAGACCCUGAGGACAUAAGGAGCAAACUCUCACUUUCCUUCACGCUGCCCACCCCACUUGGGAACAAACGGCUGAAUUUCCUAAGUGUCAAACUACCCCCAGCUUGAAUGAAGGGAUCAGAUAAAACAGACCAGGAUUUUAAAGUUGGAAUAUUAAAUGAGGACAGAAGAAUGAACACCGACUCGGAGCAGCGUGGAAGCAGCCCGGCAGGGGCGAGGGAGGCUAGAUUACUUUUUUUUUAAAUAUUUUUUUAUUAUAAAUAAAUGGACAACAGAGACAAGUUUUAUUGCUUCAUUAAAGUACUGUUAUCUUGAGUACCCGUGCUGUUUACUUUGUAAUCCAACUACUUGAGUGAACCAGAAAAAGAAACCCUAAAGGCACGAACACAGUAAAACAUUGCGCGCAGUAAAGACUUGUUUACACCAGCGACAUAAACACAAGCACAAGUUUUAUUAAGCGCGGACUUUACAACAUAAGUAUAAACACAAACACAGCAGAAAGUACGCACUCAUUCUUUCUAUUCUCACCAGUAAUUAACGCAUUUAAAGAACAAGUAGAGGAAAAGCAAACGAGUUCGCUUUAUUUUUCUUGUGUUUGUCCUUAAAUUGCGUGAAUUAGUGACAAGAACAAGAAUAGAAUGAGUGUGUUCCUUCUUCCUAUGUUUCUGCUUCUGCUUAUGUUGUUCAUGAUCUCACCGCACUCAGUUGUUGUCUACCAGUUUUGCUUGUGUUUAUGUCGCUAGUACAUACUCGUCUUUAACUUACACCGUUUUCCAUCCAAGCGAUUGUUGCAUAAAAUGUUGUAAACGAUAGGUUGAAUUUAAGAAAUAAUUGUUUUUCUUCACACAUUGUACGCAACAAUCCCAGCGCCGAAAAACGACGUAAUUAUACUGCGCACAAUAUUUUAUUGUGUCCGAUCCUUUACGUAUGACAAAACCACAAGUACUUCAACAAAGUACAAAUGUCGAUGCGAACUUUGGAGAGACAUAACCUUCCAAAGCAGCGAAACUGAAAAUACUCGCGCGUGUAAGAGGACUUGGCAAGUCAAUAAAGAGACCGUUCGCGCUCGCAAAUUCUUAUAACUUUGCUUAUAAGCAACAAUAUUUAAAGGUCUUUCUGAAGCUCGCACCAACACUCGUACUUUGCACAUUUAAGUACUACCUGGUUUAAAUCAAGAGCGAGCUAAAUUCUGCUUUUGAAAAACUCUUGGUAAAGCUUAGUGGUAAAAUUCAGACUCAUUUUAAUCAAACAGCUUGCAAUUAAACGCAAGUACGCCACAAAUAAGUGCUUUUAGAAACGAGAUCGAUAGAAAAAUAUCUUGUCUGUCUAAAGUUGCCCUUGGGCUCGUCACGCAGAGACAAACGCCUUGCACGACAAUCUCAAGAACAACUUCAAACAAGACUACGAUUACGCAGCAAAUUGAAAAUAUAAAAAAUUAUAACGCACAAAUUGUGGCGCAUUUUGCGGUAUAAUAAAUUAUUUAGUAAAGUCGGUCUGAAAUUACACAACAAAGCGUUAUCCAAGACCUUUUGCCUUGAUACUGUGAACUUCGUUUACUCCCACAGUGAUGAAAAUGUUAAAUAACAUGUUGAUCACCCUGGACACUAAAAAGUCUCAAAUCUCCCCAAGCAAUUAAAAAUGUCUGCGCGUAAACUGAUCUAAAAACGUUCAAACCGUCAGGUUUAUUCAACGCGGCACUAGAGAUUUCAGUGCCAUUUUUCAGUCUAAGCAGUACAUAGAUUCCAUCAUUAAUGGGAAAAGCCUUACUUUGUUUUGGUAAACAAACAAACAAAACAUUGUGUCACGGAUUGGUUUCCAAGUUAUAAGACUACUUUUUUAACUUAAAAAUUUCCUUGAGUACACCAAAUAGAUGGUUAAUUUAACGUAACUCUUACUGUUCCGCCCUUUAGGAAAUAAACGAGAUGAGAAGAAAGCGAAUUUAGUGUUACUCCAGUGUUAAAUACAGGUUUUCCAGAGAGAAUACCAAAUAAAAAAGAUGAUUAUGCACGUUUACCCAGACUGCUUUGCGCACUUGUUAAGUUUAACUUGGCUACCACCGACCAAUCAAAACAAAUUUGUCACCCAUACGAUCCCAUAGACCUUUGCACCAAGAGCUUGUGCCCAUUUCCCUUGCAGUUUAUGUAG